AUGUCGAUCAAAGAGAACGAGUUGAGGUUGCUUCUCGCAAGAGAAAGAAGGCUGAAGCUUGAAAAUGAUAAGCUGCAAGUGCAUAUAAAAAAGUUGAUGGGCGCUGACAGCAGGGAAAAAAUGAAGUUCUAUUCGGAAGAGGCACAGAAGAAAAUUAGAAGUCUGGAAGAGGCUGCGGAUCGUUUGCGUAAGGAAGCGCAUUCAGCGAGGCAGGAGGAAGAAGGCCUGAUGAAUGAUGUGGAAACUACGGGUCAAGCUUUUGAAGAAAUGCAAGAGCAGAAUAUACGACUACUGCAACAGCUUAGAGAGAAAGAUGAUGCAAACUUGAAAUUGAUGGCUGAACGAAUCCGUGCAAAUCAGUAUCAGAAAAAAAUGAGUGAAGAGAGGGAGCGUACGGAGGAACGCAUCACUAGUUUGCAGAACCAAAUCGAAGCACAACAACUUAUGAUUGCGAAGUUGGAGGAGGCUGAGAAGCUUUUUAGGCAGAAAUGCUUACAGAUGGAUCACCAGUUAAGGUACGCUUAUCUUCAUCGUCAUAGCAUUGUUUUUGAAGCAGUGAAUAUGUUGAGCAAUUGA